CUGACACUUGACACUUCAAAAUUCUCAGGUUAGAAAACUUUCACAUUACAUAAGACUUUCAUUCCGUUCUUUAAAGGUCGUUUUAAAGUUACAAAAAGGCAGCAAAAUGUUCCGUAACACCGUAGUUCGUGCCCAAAACCUUUUAAAAAACAAUUUACAACCAACUAUCUCGAGGAACAUCGCAACCAGUCAGAAAUUAGCAAGUUCCCACUCGACAGAAACUGACGAACAAUUCGACCAACGUUACGAGAACUUUUUCAACCAAAAAGACAUCGAUGGAUGGGACAUUCGCAGGGGAGUCACUGAUUUGUGGGGUCACGAUCUUGUCCCAGAACCGAAAAUCCUCAUUGCAGCAUUGAAAGCCUGUCGUAGAGUGAAUGAUUUUGCUCUGUCUGUAAGAAUUCUCGAGGCUGUUAAAGAUAAGUGUGGUGGGAGGCCAGAUAUAUACCCAUGGAUUAUUCAGGAGUUGAGACCUACACUGACUGAAUUAGGCAUCAGCACUCCCGAAGAAUUAGGAUAUAACCAGCCUGAGUUACAUACUGAAUCGGUGUUUAACUUGUAAGAUUCGAGCUUAAUUUUGAUUGUAAAAUGUAGUACUAUUAUAUUUUGUUGAUGGAAGAAUACUCAAACCAAAGUUCAAUGUUCUCUAAUUUAUUUUAUAAGUGUUAUAAAACAUUUGUGUAAGUGAAGAAAUAAAAAAAUACUCUCGUUAA